UAGAAAUCAGAAGAGGGGACAUGCCCGACUUAUUCACGGCCAUCGACGGCAGAGGUAACUUGUCCUAUUCAUGGCUGUCCUCAUACUGACCGGUGCCAUUGUGGCAUUAUUCCUGAGUGAAAGCCUUGUGGUCAAAGCAGAGGUUCGAUCGUACGUUGCAGCAGUUUAUGAACAUCGUGUGAUUCUGAACCCUGAACCUCAUGUUCCAAAUGAGAGAGAAGCAGCACUGGCGCACAUGAGCAAGAACUUAGACGUGUUCGAGGUGCAAGCCGCUUCAGCGGCAAGACAGGCUGCCCAGAUUAUAGUUUUUCCAGAAGAUGGCAUCCAGGGCUUUAACUUCACGAGAACAUCUAUUGCUGGUUACCUUGAAACAGUUCCAGACCCCAGAGUGGUUACCUGGAAUCCUUGCACAGAACCAGACAGAUUCCCAAACACAGAGGUCCUUCAGCGUCUAAGCUGUAUGGCUCAGAAGAACCAUCUCUUUCUGGUGGCCAACAUGCCUGAUCGCCAAGACUGUGACAACUUAACUGAUCCCCACUGUCCACCGGAUGGCCGUUACCAGUUCAACACAGACGUUGUAUUUAGUGACAAUGGAACCCUCAUAGCGCGAUAUCAUAAGCAGAACCUUUAUUUCGAGGCUGCCUUUGAUACUCCACCUGAGUGUGAACACAUCACUUUCACCACCCCGUUUGCAGGCAAAUUUGGGGUCUUCACUUGCUUUGACACGCUAUUCUAUGAGCCUGUUUUAACCUUAGUGAAGGAUAUGGGUGUGAGGCAGUUUGUGUUCCCAACAGCAUGGAUGAACCAGCUCCCCCUGCUGGCUGCUGUUCAAUUUCAACAGUCCUUCUCCUAUGCAACUGGGAUCACAUUGCUUGCAGCCAAUAUACAGGCAAAAGACCUGGGAAUGACUGGAAGUGGGAUAUUUACACCUUGGCAUGCUGUGUGCCACCAUGAUAUGGAGCGAGAGACAGGGAAAUUACUGGUGAGCAAAGUGCCAGUUUUAGAUCCCUCUAUGAUGGAGGAUGGAGAAGAGAGCUCUAGGCUGAAGUUGAUUCCUUUCUCUGGGCACUCUAAGCACAGGAGUAGAUCGGAGGAACUUGCAGAGGAACAUGCAGAUCCUAGCUGGUCUAUGAGUGGUUCACAGUUUGAUGUGCAUGAACAGAAGAAAAGCACGGAGUCAGACCAUUGCCUGGCAGAGGACUUGGGAUGCAGUGAGAGAGUGAUUUCUGAAGCAAACACAUUCAACUCCAUCAUGAUGUAUGACAAUUUCACAUUUGUACCUCUGCGAGGCGUUGAGGGGAACUUAAAGGUGUGUGACGGCUCACUCUGCUGCCACCUGUGGUUUCAGAGGUCUGGUCCUGAGGAAGAACUUUAUGCACUGGGGGCAUUCCAGGGGCUUCAUGUAGUCCAUGGCACAUACUACUUGGAGGUGUGUGCCUUAGUGAGGUGCACUGGCACAGAAUUUGGGAGUUGCGGAGGUGAGAUUGAGAAUGCACAGACAGUGGUUGAUUUCAGGCUACAGGGAACCUUCAGCACACCCCAUAUCUACCCUGGUGUUCUAGGCAGUGAGAUGACACUUGACAGACCAGAUGAAUCUGGCUGGGAGAGCAAAAGUGAAUUCUACAUGACUCGAAAAGGAAUGGCCACUGGACUUGUGACAGCAGUGCUGUAUGGAAGAGUCUACGAGAAAGAUGAUGAGUAAACUUGCAGAAAACCUUGCAUGUCACUUUUGGUAAUGUAACAAUAUACACUAUCUACAUCAGAGGUCAGAACCUUGAACAUACUCAGGGGGGUUAAGUGCCCUGCUCAGUGGUAUGUCAGCAGUGUCCUAUCUGGGCUCUGAACCCACAAUCACCAGGUUACAAGACUUAUUCCCAUACCAAAAUGCCAUUACCACCCAAAUCCAUGCCAUCUAACUGGCUGAUGACAAAGAUGACAACCAGGGGGAUGUGGCAAAAAGAAAUGUAUUCAUUAUCAACUGCAAAGAAUCAUUUUGACAUUGCACCAAGAGGCCAGUACAUAUUCCAUCUCUAAGAGCUACAUUUCUUACUUGCUUUUUCUUGCUCACAUGUUAACACACAUACAUGCAUCUCGCUUCAGUUUACAGUGCAGUGCUGUGAUUCUUUAAAGACAAGAGUUGUAGGAGUAAAACCUGCACCUUGAUUGCUGGUCUCAAAAUCAGGUACAAAAUGUGUGACAAGGCCUUAAGAGUGAGAGGUCACCCUCACAGAAAAUAGAUCAAAACUCGGCCUGCGCCCAGAGGUCUGUCUGUUGCAGGAAGUGCUCACUGAAUCUUAAGAUGUAUAAUGGGUGAUUCUUACCAUCUAUUCCUGUUUUCAUUUUUGUUCACAAUGAAUUAACUGUGACUAAAAAAGCUUAAAUUAAGUCCUCAUGCUCAAA